ACCACCGGGUCGCUCCAGAAGAUCGCGCGGUUUCCGUUCGAUUCGACCGGACACCGAUAGCCGGAGUUCGUGUUUACCACCCCGCGAUCAGUGAAUGUUCGUGUCUCGUGCUUGAACAAUCUCGACUGUCCACGGUCGUCCGUCACGUUUCCAGGAUUUCGACUGGAUUCAUACCUAACGCAACGGUUGCGUCCACGCCGGUUCGUCAGUGAAAAGUUUGUCUGCCUUUUAUUUCUGGAACACGUUUCGCUCUAUAUCGUCGCCCGGUGACACGUCGAUUCUUGGAACGAUCCUUGGGAUCGAUUUGUCCGUUGGAUUCGAUGUUUACGCGUCGGUGUCCAUCGAGAUCGUUUCUUGGGCAGAUUUCCCUGCGAUCGGCGCGAGAGAAACGCAGUCCUUUACGCUUGUCAUUGGGUCACCUUUGUCGUCCGCUGCUACGCAUGCCAGAAAUACAUCCACGAUCGUAACGCGUUACAUAAGGUCCCGUCGCGUAUCCUGUGACUCUGGUUGGAACUUCGUCCCGUUUGCUCUUUCCUACGGGACGUUAAAAUGGUAGAAGGACAGCUCGUUCGAGGAACGCAUGUUUUAAUCCUCGCCGUCGACCGUAAACGUCGAGCCACGCUGGAUCCAUCGUUGUUCGAUCACGUACAGCGACGUCCUGGACCUGCGUCGCGCUGUCUGGGGAGGACGUCAGUGGCGACGAUAAUGAUGCACGUCGUCUACCGCUGAGGGAUCGAGGCCUGCGUCAACAUUUAAGGGAGGAUGCCCGCCAAAAUGUUGGGAAACCACUGCCACCCGCAAUAAGACAAGUAAACCAAGAUCGUGGUGCACCAAACGCUGAUCAUGCGCUGCUGAGGUCGAUCUGCUAGGCACAGUCGACGCCGGGACGCUCGAGUUCAAAGGGGUUGUACGUUCCCUGCGAGCGUGGGUCGUGUUAUCUCCGCGAAAUAGAUGCCGGCGGUGGUUCCCGAGGGAAAAGUAAGAAAGUCGUCCAAUGACGUGCGUAUUAAAGUUUCAACGGGCAGACAUUAACUCCGUCUCGGGGAGCAGGGCCGGCCAAGGUCGCCGGGAAUAGAAGAUUCAUAUCCGCGGUUCUGCUCCUGACGGCGGACCAUGGUACAUUAUUUAACGAGAUGAUAACCAGCGGACAUUGAAGACCCAGCCAGGACAGAGAGAACACGUGUAUAUCUCGGACGUCAUGGAGGAACACGUCAACCAGGCUGGAAACUCGUCCGCGGAUGGUCUGGUCUUCACCGACGCCUCGAUCAUCCUCAGAGCUUUGGUCCUCGGUCUUCUGAUACUCGUCACAGUUGUCGGAAACCUGUUCGUGAUAGCGGCGAUCGUGUUGGAGCGGAAUUUGCAAUCGGUGGCGAAUUAUUUAAUCGUCAGCUUGGCUGUCGCCGAUCUUAUGGUUGCCUGUCUCGUCAUGCCUCUUGGAGCCGUUUAUGAGAUAAACUCCAGCUGGUCGCUCGGACCAGAGCUUUGCGACAUGUGGACCAGCAGCGACGUUCUCUGCUGCACCGCCUCGAUAUUGCAUCUGGUGGCUAUCGCGGUCGACAGAUAUUGGGCAGUCACCGAUCUCAAUUAUAUACAGGCGAGGAAUCCGAGGAGGAUCGGUAUCCUGAUCGUCACCGUCUGGCUGGUGUCCUUAGGAAUCUCGUUGGCACCCCAACUCGGCUGGAAAGAUCCUGAUUAUUUAGACCGUAUAGCCGACGGAACGUGUCUGGUGUCUCAGGAUCCUGCAUACCAGAUCUUCGCCACCUGCGCCACUUUCUAUCUGCCCCUGCUCGUCAUUCUAUUCCUGUACUGGAGGAUAUUCCAAGCUGCACGAAAGCGAAUCAGGAAGAGGCCAGGCACUAUCGUGCAACCACCCCGUGAAAGAAGAGGCAUCCUCAGACUCGUCACAAGAAGGUCGCGGUUCUCAGCAGAUUACACGCCAAGGGAGGAGUCAACGGCGUUCACCAUAACGAGAUCAACGCCAGACCACUCGUCGAUCUCGCCAGAGAAAUCGUCGUCGUACAACGGUGCGAAUACGACGCAGUCGGCCACGGUGACGCCGUCGACGGUGUCCACGACGACGACCACCACGGCGACCACCGUCACGCACCCAUCGAGCAGCCAUUCGACCUCCUCCACGAAGAGAACUCGCGAGACGAUCGAGUCGAAGCGCGAGAGGAAGGCAGCGAAGACGCUGGCGAUAAUAACCGGCGCGUUCGUCGCCUGUUGGCUGCCUUUCUUCUUGGUGGCGUUACUACGCGCCACGUGCGACGUAUGCGAGCCACCGGAGCUCAUGGCGAACUUCUUCCUGUGGCUGGGCUACUUCAAUAGCACCCUGAAUCCCGUGAUCUAUACAGUGUUCUCGCCAGAGUUCAGGCAAGCCUUCAAGAGGAUGCUCUGCGGUAGUUCCAGGAUAAUUCGCUAACAGUGGAUUUAAACUGUAUCGUUCUCGGUGCCAGGGAAUGUGUGUGCAUGAGACAAGGAGAGAGAGAGAGAGAGAGAGAGAGAGAGAGAGAGAGA